AUGGGUUUCAUCGAGAAGCUUCAAGCCAAACUUGAGCUCUACCGCCUGGAGCAGCGCUACACUCGUCGUGAGAAGCGCACUACCUUCAUCAGCGAUGCGCAGUACGUGGAUGGCGAGUACAUCUACGCUUCCUCGCCAACCUCCUCCAAGUCCAUGUCGACAAACAACAGCAGCAGCAGCCGACGCUUCAGCAAAGUCCCUGGCGUCAAGAUCAAGGAAUUCGCUCGCGCUGGCAGGGCAUAG